UUGGGCCGCUGCAGCCCGGCUUCUGUCACCGCGGACGGCACCUCACUGGAGGGUGGGCGGGAGUGGCGUCUUUGUCCGGCGAGGCGUCCUCAGCCCGGGCCAUUCCUGUGAUCGGAGCCGGGCGGCCUGGGCGGUGCCCAGCGGUGAAGUGCGCGGGCGGAGGGCUGGCUGCGGCCACGGCCCCAGGUACCCCGGUGCCCCAAGCUCGCCACCUGCGCCACCUCUGCCCGCGCUCUGUCAAGUUGCAGAAGACCCGGGUGGGUCGGGAGUCUGGACGCGUGGGCGCGUUGCAAACUCCAGCUGCGAAGGAGCUGCGUGCGGAGGUAGCCCGGCCCGGGAUGCUCUCGGAGGCUGACCUGGGCUCUCUGCACAUCCUUCUUGGCUCCUCCAGACCCAGGUGAGCGACUGCUGUCCGCGCUUCCCGAUCCGGCUGGAGACAGGUGCAGAGCGGGGCGGAGGCGGUGCCUUUUGCUGGCUUCUCUAGCAUCAGAGAGCCCGCUCCCGGCUGCCCACAUCUUCUGCUCCGCCGGAGAGAGGCUGCAGCCCACUCGCACCUUCCGGGGAUGUCAGGUUGAGCACGGUGUUUUAGAGGCGACAGCGGGUUAGCCUAAGCGAGCUCCCACCCCUCUCCACCCCCAGCUCGGGAUAAUUCGGUCCGCGUCUUCGUCUUAAUUUAGCACCGAUGUGUUAUUUCCUUGGAGCCUUAGAAUGGUCUCGUGAACCAGCUGGCUUGCACUGAACAACAAUGGCACAUAAAGAGUUCUACUGUGUGUCAAGAUAGUGGUUGGUUCUGAAACUCAUCUGAAGAGGUUCAAAGAAGUAUCUAGAUGUGACAUUGUCAGAGGAGGACGAAGAAGGUAAUGGUGGCCUGUUGCCCUGCAGCUUGAAGGGAGACCACAUGGCCAGUAGCCCUCACUGAAGACGUGACCAUGAGUGUCCCACUCGCUCCAAAGAAAUCCUGUUUUGGUCAGCUGCGAGAUCACCGAGAGGGAGCAAAGAAUAAUAAUGAGAGGAUUCUGAGGACGGGGGAUACAAAUGCCAAUCAAAUCAUGUUGGAGGUCAGCUCCUCUUGUGAUGAGCCCAAGUCGCGUGAUCUGGAGGAUGAAAUCGGAAAUGCAAAUUUAAGCAGGCCACAAUACCACAGCCACUUCCAGAAGGAACCCCUUCACCUUCAGGGCUUCGGGAAAGGGUCCCAGGCCGGCUCCACCAGCCUGAGGGAGUCUCAGGCUUCUCUGCCUGGCCCUAGGCUGCUGAGUGAAGAACACACAGUAAAAAGAGGUACCCUGCAGGCCCCCCAGAAUGUUCAGGGACCAGGUCUUUCCAGCUGGAGGAAUGCGGUGGGUCAAGUCAGUCCAGAGGUUUCUGCUAAAAAGGAUGCGGAGAUUCCCAGGCACGUUCCCAAGGACAAAUUGGCAAAGACCCUUGACAACGAAGAGCUGAAAAGAGCAAGCAGCUCAGCAGCUGGGGCUGGCAGCAUCACUCCGACAAACCUGCAGCCAGUGCAGCUGGACAUCUUGGAGCCCUGGGGCCAUGUGCCUGGGCAUGGGGAGGGGCCACAAGGGACACCAGCCAGUCACUCUCCAGGGAAAGCUUUUUCUCCAGGUGAAGGUACCUCAGAGGGGAACAGUGUGUAUCUUCCUAAACCAUCUACCUCAGAAGCCAAGGGGUCCAGCCCCUCAGACACGAAGAUGGAGGGGACACAUGGCCUGGAUGUUUACGGGAGCAUCCCUCACACAGAAUCGACUCCCAGUUCAGCUUCAGCAUUGAAGGAAAACCCCAGCCCCCGCCAUCCAGAUGUGUGUUCAGGUCAAGGAACAGGGAAGCCCAAAGUGGAGCUCAAAUAUAUCCAACCCAGGAAUGAGGAAGGACUAACGUCAGCCCAGGCACAAGGUCUUGGAUGUCAAGAGGAAAGAAGUAUGUCACCUGUAGAGAGGAAGGAGCUACUUGAGAAGGCAUACGGAGAAGCCACGAGUCAAGGGAACAGCAGCCACCACCAGCUUGGAGUAGGACGAGGCAGCAGCCUGGAAGAAAUGAUUGGAGUCAGUGCUGGUGUGGAGGGGUCCCAACAAGCCACCCCUGCAUUGAGCGCUGCUCCCGCGGGAGAGGCAGGUUCUAGACUCACCGGUAAAAUGUCAGCCGGUGCAGGUAGGAUGGUGAAGGAGACAGCAUUCAGCCAAAAGGGACCUGAUGAUGGACAAGUAGCUCCCGUUCUUCAUGAUCCAACCGAGAACAUGCCCUCUGAGGUCAGUGGGGAGGAGCAGAGGCUGGGUAGCGGGACCUCGGGAGGUGCCAAAUUGUUGGUCUCAGGUCCUUCUGUGGGAGGGAACAGAACUGACACCUCUGAGCCCUUGAGCCCUCAAGGUUGCAACUUGGAAGCCAGAAAAGGCAAAGAGACGGUAACAUCUAUAGCUGAAAAUAGGAACCUUCUAGAAAAUGCAGCCCAUACUGACGUCACCCCAGCUGGAGUAGAUUCCGUGUUCAGUACCCCAGCUCCCCUCCACCCAGAGACAACUGUGAACUUGACUCAUCAUCCGACUCCUCCAGGUAGCAGUUCUCAGGAGCUCAACAUGUUCAGUGUAGACACAAGGUCGCCCUCAGUGGCCUCAGCCCCCACUGAUAGUAGGCAGGUAUUGAACACAUCCCCAAAAGUGCCUGACAAGACCACCUGCCCCAGUGGGAUCCCCAAGCCUCUUACACAUCCCAAGGACACAUCCUCCUCCCAGGAAGCACUGGAGAAGCUGGAGAUGGAGAAAAUGGAAGAAAGGACAGAGACAAAGCCCAUCCUCAUGCCCAAACCCAAACAUGUGAGGCCCAAGAUCAUCACUUACAUACGCAGGAACCCCCAGGCACUGAGUCAGGGAGAUGCUUCACUGGUCCCUGUGGGGCUUCCCUAUGCCCCUCCUGCAUGUGGCAUGCCUCUUCCUCAAGAAGAGAAGGCAUCGAGCCGUGACCUUCAGCAGUCUGCAAACAUGUACGAGAAACUGAAACCUGACUUGCAGAAGCCAAGGGUCUUCCCUUCUGGACUGAUGGUGUCUGGGAUCAAGCCCCCAGCCCACCAUUUCAGUCAGAUGAGUGAGAAGUUCCUGCAGGAGGUCACAGACCACCCUGGAAAAGAAGAAUUUUGCUCUCCUCCCUAUACUCACUAUGAAGUCCCUCCCACUUUCUAUCGCUCGGCCAUGCUCCUUAAGCCUCAGCUGGGAUUGGGUGCAAUGUCCCGUCUCCCAUCCACCAAGAGCAGAAUUCUGAUCGCAAGCCAGAGGUCCUCAGCGAGCGCCAUCCAUCCGCCCGGAUCACUAGCAACAGCUGCCAGUUUCUACGGUUCUGAUCCUUCAGACCUCAAGAAAGCCUCCAAUUCCAAUACUUCAAAGUCCAGUCUACCAAAAUCUGGACUUCGUCCUCCUGGCUAUUCCCGACUCCCAGCAGCCAAACUGGCGGCCUUCGGCUUUGUGAGGAGCUCCAGUGUCUCUGCGGUGCCCAGCACCCAAUCCCUGGACAGCGUCCAGCCAGAGCAGACCAGGCCGGUCACCCGCUCAACCUUUGGCAGUGAAGAGCAGGCUCCUCUGAAGCAGGCUCUGUCUUCUAAGGACACACCCAAGGGAGCUGGUCGGGUGGCCCCCGUGUCUUCCUCCAAUGCAACAACGCCACGCCGGAGUUUACUUCCAGCACCAAAAUCCACUUCCACGCCUGCUGGAACAAAGAAAGAAUUGCAGAAAGAUCCAGAGGCUAAGAAGCCUGCUGUUUCGUCUCCCAAGAGGACAGCAUCUGCGGCCACCAAGCCUCAUUCACCAGGGUACCCAAAGCAGAGGACCGCAGCUCCUCGAAAUGAGUUCCCACCCAAGCCGGACCUGCAGGCCCGAGAGGCGGAGAGGCAGCUGGCCCAGCGACUGAGGGACAGGUGUGAGUGGCAGGCCAAGCAGCUAGGUCUGGCUCGAAGGGAGCUGAAGAAAGCCAUCCACGGCUUCGACGCCCUGGCUGUGUCCACUAAGCAUUUCUUUGGAAAGAGUGAAAGGGCCCUUGCGAAAGAAAAGGAGCUGUCAAUCGAACUUGCCAACAUCAGGGAUGAAGUUGCCUUCAACACUGCCAAGUGUGAGAAGCUGCAGAAGGAGAAGGAGGCUCUGGAGCGACGCUUCGAGGAGGAGCUAAGGAAGUUGGGCUGGCAGCAGCAGGCCGAGGUGAAGGAGCUGCAGGAGCGGCUGCAGCAGCAGUUCCAGGCUGAGAGGGCGCGGCUGCAGGCGGAGCACCAGGACCAGCUGCUGCGCAUGCGCUGCCAGCACCAGGAGCAGGUGGAAGACAUUACUGCCAGCCAUGAGGCUGCCCUGCUGGAGAUGGAAAAUAACCACACGGUCGCCAUUACCAUCCUCCAGGAUGACCACGACCACAAAGUCCAAGAAUUGAUGUCUGCCCAUGAAUUUGAGAAAAAGGAGUUGGAAGAAAACUUUGAAAAGCUGCGGCUGUCAUUACAGGACCAGGUGGACACGCUAACUUUUCAGAGCCAAUCUCUGCGGGACAGAGCCCGGCGCUUUGAGGAGGCUCUAAGGAAAACCACGGAGGAACAGCUGGAGAUUGCGCUGGCUCCGUACCAGCACCUGGAAGAAGACAUGCAGAGCCUGAAGCAGGUGUUGGAGAUGAAGAACCAGCAAAUCCACCUGCAGGAGAAGAAGAUCAUUGAGCUGGAGAAGCUGGUGGAGAAGAACAUCAUCCUGGAAGAAAAGAUCCAGGUACUCCAGCAGCAGAACGAAGAUCUCAAAGCAAGGAUCGACCAGAACACAGUUGUCACCAGACAACUGUCAGAGGAAAAUGCUAACCUCCAGGAAUACGUGGAGAAAGAGACCCAGGAAAAGAAGAGACUGAGCCGAACCAACGAAGAACUACUUUGGAAGCUCCAAACUGGGGACCCAACCAGCCCAAUUAAACUCUCCCCGACAUCUCCAGUGUACAGAGGCUCCUCCUCUGGACCCUCCUCUCCAGCCAGAGUCACUACCACACCUAGAUGACAUCGCCCUGGCACCCACAGGAGCUCAGGCUUCUGUCCAUCUGAGGGAGUGCUAGCCAGGUGCUGGUGGCCACCCUGUGCGCAUGCUCAGUAGCUACAUAAUGCAUCUUAGGCAGCAUCCUCUCUGACCCUUGUGUGAGACCAUCCUGGAGUUGGCGCUUAGGAAGGGAUAAACAGCAGAGUCUGGUGUUCAAAAAAAAAAAAAAAAAAAAUGUUUUAGUGUAGUGAGAAGCAAAAGAGAAACAACUCCAGUUGUUCUUGAGUGACGAACUUCCAUGGCAGAACUUUAGGUCAGUCACAAACAGCUCCGUUUUGAAUACACAAAACCCUCCUUGUGCCCCUGCGUGUGUAUAUCCAGAUGUGUGGGUAUACACCUGUGGCGAUUCCGAAUUGCAUUUUUUUUUAUAACGCCAUACGCUGACAUAUUUUAGUGAUGGUCAGCAGUUUUCUAACUUGUGCCUAAGAAUUAUUGGAAAAUGAAAAUGCAUUUCUAUCUAGUUUCCUGGAAAUAUUUCUACCCAAAAUAGAGAAGGAAAAAAAAAGACAGAAAAUAAAAGAUAGAAGCAUGCCUAACUGCCACCGAGUGGUACCCUGCUUAACCUAAACACCAGCGAUUUGUAGAUGGUAACUGCCUUUGGAGCAGUUAGCUUCUUAGUCCAACGUGAGGUGGGGUCACUGGUACCCCAUUGCAGGAUUUAAUUAUGACUUCUCCCAUCCUGAAGAGGUAAAAUGUAGCUUGGGUGGGGGGACUGAGGGGUCACAUGUCUGGCCAGUGUCUUCCCCCUUAGUGAUUCAUUAUUAUCUUGAAAACACCAGUUUUGCUCCCCCCACCCCUGAAUGGCAUCUUGGAAUCCAUCAAGCUAUUAUUGCAUCCUCAGGAAAACAUGGAAGCAUGUGACCUUUGCAGUGAGGGUGAGCAUGAACUUGGAGAAAAUCAAGACCAUGCAUGGCCCAUCCUCGUGACGGAGGAGUGCUGAUAGGGGCCAACAUGGCCCCCAUCGUUGCCCCUCAUAGGCAACACCCCCAUUUUUAGUUUGGUUCUGUGACUCAACCCCAUCACCGCACAUCAAGAUGGCUCAGGGGUUCUAGUCAAGGCUUCCAGAAACCAGCCUUUCUCUCCUGGGGAAAGGGGCGAAGCCAGUUCUAACGGUGCUAGAUCAUGUCCCUUCUGCUGGAGGGUCACCAGGGCUGCCCCUGGCCGUGGUCCUACCUUAGCCCCAGAAGGCUCUCCCAAACAAGGGAAUGCAGUGAAACGGCCAGUCAGCAUCCAUCAGCCACUGGACUGGCCUUUGUCUCUAACACGGUAGAAUUAGAACACGAACGGUAUUCAUGUAGUGCUAUGGAAGAUUAGAAGCAUGAUCCACAAAAGAGUAGUUUUAACGGUCAGUACAGUGCUGAUAAUGAUACCUCUGUUUUCUGUAUGUGGCAAGAGACCCUUCACUCUCUAAGCAUGGGCCUGCCUGUCUCUGAGCAUGCCCAAGAUGACAAGAGCCAUGGAGCCAAGAAGAACCAGCCCGGGCAUGGUGUUAACAUCUCCAAGGACACACAUAACUGACACAGAGGCAAAUGUGGUCCACAUCCUCCUGUGGCUCCAAGUUGGGCUUCCUUGGUCUCAGGUGCAUCUGAUUGUAACCAACCUCCAUGGGUCUUGCCCAUUCUGGAGACAUACACAGAAGAUACACAGAGAAGAAACAGGUCUUUUCCCUUUGGCUCUGCAUGAUACUGGGAUACUGAACUGGGCGGUCCAUAAGAGUAGCCCGUGCCGUGUCAGUUCCAACACACACAAAUAUUUAUUCUUUUAGCAGGCACAACCUGCAGGUAUAAGUUUGGUUGGCCGCUUAGCUCUCCAAGUUAGGACCCGCCUCCACAGCUGUACCUGCCGAUGGCAGGUGCUCAGCAAUACAGAGUUCGAUGUGAUUAUAGAAUGUGGUGCAGUAUGUUAGGCUGUUGUGGUCAACGUGGUAGAGAUGUUAGAUCUAUGUACCCUCAUUAGGUGGACUAGAGCUUUGCCCUUAACAGCCUCAACCCUGGGCACUUGAAUCAAACUCCCCCAUGGCCCUGACUUCAUUUCUCCAUCACAGACACCCAUCACAUAUGGUACCCCACAAGUUCUGAGAUCCAGGUGGCUGGAGCUGCUAUGAUUCCUCUGUCUCCAUGCUACAAUGAUCUGGACCUCUUGGCAUGGAAGCCCGUGUCUGUCUCCCUUCCCAGGCUGGGACACCGCAUCCUCCCCUCCUGCCAUGGACAGACCUGCCGAACAGCUCAGUCUUCGUGGAGUCAGGAGGUUCUGCUAGCCUUCAUCAACUCAGUUGCCUUGGGCUGGGACGACACUCUUGUGAUGUCAGGAUGGGUUUGGGGCUUGAGGUCAGGUACUCUGGGAUUAGUUGAAGGGGGCACAGUGUUCUUUGUCCUGCCCCUCUGGUUAACUGUGCUCCAUAUUUGUGUUGAACUCUAAAGCUUAUUAAAAUGAACCUGAGGGACUUUCCAUGAUA